UUUGAAUUGAAAUUGCAAGAAAAUGUCAGAUUGACGGACUUACAAAUCAAUUGAAUAAAUAUAUUAUUAAGCCAUUCUAACAAAAUAUUUUAUUUAUAAAUAUAACAACAACCAAGACCUGUGCAACUGAUCACAAAACAUCGAACAAUAUGGCGAACUUGACGACGAACAGGCACAUGUAUUGGGAUUUAAAGAAAAGUUCAUACCCGGAAAUCGACCAGCUACCCCUGAUGGAAAGUCCAGGGUCAAUGCUGGUCAUAUUAACAGCUUAUCUGGCGUUUGUUCUGCGAGUCGGGCCCGCUUUUAUGAGAAAGCGACCACCGUAUAAGCUUACUACGACUCUGCUGGUGUACAAUGCGGUGCAAGUGGCGAUAUCCGCGUAUUUAGUACAAAUGUUUUCCAGGAAUAUUUUUGAACACGGCGUUACUCCGAAGAAAUGUCUCAUGACAAACGACUUUUCUCGUAAAGAGGUAAUCACCAGCAUUUGGGUAUACUUCGUCGCCAAAAUAACCGAACUAGCAGACACAGUAUUCAUCGUACUCCGCAAAAAGGACCGCCAAGUGACAUUUCUCCACAUGUACCACCACACGAUCAUGGUGCUAGCGACGUGGGCGAUCGUCAAGUAUUGGCCGACGUACGCUCUGAUCUUCGCCGGUUUUAUGAAUUCGAUGGUGCACGUGGUCAUGUACACGUAUUAUGGCUUGGCUGGUCUUGGGCCGAAUGUGACGAAGUAUUUGACGUGGAAGAAGUACUUGACUAAGUUUCAGAUGGCACAGUUCGUGUCAGUGUUAAUCCAGUACACUACAGCAGUCAUGGUUUCAGAGUGUCCCCCGCAGAAGUCUUUCAAUAUCCUCAUACUCUGCAAUACAGUGUUCUUCUUACUGCUUUUUAGUCAUUUCUACAUAAAAGCAUAUUUAAAGAAGAAGAAGGCGUAACUUAGUUAUGUGAAUAAAUUGUAUUUUCAUAUUUUCACCUCAGCAGGGGAACGAACAAGGGUACUUCUGCUUAAAACAGUGAGCAAAAUUAGAUUUUGUUGCGAGUGUGAGACAAAAUAAUCUUGCGGUGAUCUCGAAAUAAGAAUGCCUUUGGAGUGGAGUUGGUCGUAUUCCAAGUCAACGUCGAUAUUAAAGUCAAAACCAUGGUCGCAGUCCAAGCUGCAAUAGCAGUCUCAACAACGUCACCACAACAGUAAUGCAGCUGCAGUCGACAUCUUAACGUUACCUUUAGUCAUGGUCAGUCUCAGUCGUAUUGGGAUCUGGGAACGGAAACAGAAAUAAUAACCGGAAUAGAACUGGAACGGAUGUUGAAUCAGGAAUGGGAACGGGAACUGGAACGGAAAUGGGACUGCAGUGAAAUGAAGAGUAGAAGAGGAAAUGGAAUUGGGGUUGUGACUGUUUUUUGCAUAAUUUCUAAACAAACGUAUAUAGGAGAACUUUCCGUUCAUAUUGAAUUUGCUCUCUAAUAAUAUUCUCAGUGCUGAGUUGAAAAGUUGUGUUUGCCACACGAGACCAAAGUACGCUCAAUAUUCAAAAUAUAUUUUUUCCUUCCUCGAAACUCUAAACCAAGACUCACAGCAAAACCUAACUUUGCACUCUUGUUGCACAAAUAACUUUAUUACAAUCUUUUGAGUAUAAAUUGGGGUAAACAAAAACGGUUUGCUCGUCGUUUCAUCCUGGGUUUAGGUACGAAUCUUGAAAUUACCCUCAAAGAUGUCACUUUGGAAUUUUUGUCGGUGUCGCUAUUGUAUUUUCUUGAAGUAAAAGUACCCGAUGAGCUCACGACGUAUAAGUAUUCCAAUAACCAAACCCCGUUAUCCAUGUUGCAACUCAUUGAAAAAAAGAAAAAGAUCUCUUUUAGUACAUAACUUCACCUUAACUAGCAUUACAUCAUAAUAUUCAUAAUUCCGCUAUAAAUUGUAUCAUGGGCGUAUUCAACAUAUACAAUUUAGACCUAUUCUUCUUAUCGUGUGAAGGGAUCAUAACUAAAUAAUAUUUUUCCUUCCUCAGAACUCUAAAUCAAGGCUCACAGCAAAAACUAACUUUGAACUCUUGUUGCACCAGAGUGCAACGUAAAUUGUAAUUAGUUUUAGUAUAAUCUUGAUAAAUAAUAAUAAGGUAGGUAGCGAAGAUAGGUUAUUUUAGAAUUGGUACUGUUUACUAUUUUUACUUAGCUUGUUUUAUUGUGGAA